AGAAUGUGUGGUUAUCCCUGGGUGCACCUGUCAAACGUUUUAACUUAACUAAUCAUUACUUAUUAUCUCAUUUAUGUAGACGAUGUUGUUGAUGAAUUGAGGAUGUCUAGACGGCUCUUGCCACGGUGCGCUCUUGAUUGAUCUGGACAUGCGCAGCUCGCUGUUGUUGAUCUGCUUGUUGGUUCAGGAAAGGGGGAGAGGUCAGUGUUGUUAGCUGCUUGACUUCUCCGCAGAAAAACUAAGUUGUUAAUUCCAAUGAAACAGACUUCCUUGUCUAUUUAUUAAUCGUUUCAACACCGCCAUGAGUACCAAUGACUCCCCGACGAUUGGGGAUUUUUUCCUCAUUCUCAGUGAGAUGGGCUUCACCGAAGAGCAGAUUCAAGCAGCAGUUCAGGCAGGACAUUUGUCUGUGCCAGAGGCGGCUGAGUGGCUCCUACAGGGUCAGUCACCAAGACACAGGUUAACACAGCAGCCGUCACGACCUGCUGAAACAGCAUUCUCUGCAUUUAAUCCCCCCAAACAAGUGGCAGGCAUCCUUACAUCUCCCAGUGACAGUAGUGCAUGCCCCUCACUGGUGCUGAAAUCAUCACAAUCUUGCAACUUGUCCCCGGAACCACCACAAAUUGAGUCCCGCAUAAAACAGGACAGUGACUUUGAAGAACAACAGAGACAACGUUUUGCACAGGAGGCCAGAGAACAACGAAGGCAAAAGAAGCAGGACCGUGAAUUAGUCUUGAAAAGAAUAGCAGAGGACCGAAGGACAUUACAGGUGAAGAAUCAAACCAGCCCUGUGUCAGAGGCACCCCUGAGUACUAGCGAAGGUCAGAAACUGGGUGAAAAAAAUUCAGAAAACUGCAUUCUUAUGAUUCGACUGCCCUCUGGUGAGUCGAUGCGUGAACGGUUCCCUGCAGAUGCUCCUUUACGCAGCGUUGUUGAACAUAUCAGCGGACGCCACCCCUCCCUCACCUCCUUCUCACUUCUUCAGGGAUUCCCGCGGAAACGCUUUGGGGAGGCAGAACUUGCUUGCUCCUUGCAUUCUCUUGGCCUCACUCCUAGUGCUGCACUUUGUAUUCAGACCACACCCCCAGAAACACCUCAGGAGCCCCCCUGCUCUGUCAAUCCAGCAGCAGCAGAGCAGGAGAACUCCCCAUCUGUUGAGCCCUCACUGCCCCAAAUCCAUGAUCAUGACAGGCACCCGGAUCCUGCUCUGCCUCCUCUAUUGCCAAAUCAGCUUUGGGAAGAAGCCGUGAACUAUGCAGGGAUUCCUGACAUGGGCCAUUUACUUUCUGGUCCUUCACACAGUUGGGGACGAGGCCAAAGGUUGGUUCCAGGAGAUGCUGGUGAAGCUGAAGAAGCAGAGAUUGAUGUGGAUCAAGAAGGAGAAAGAGAGCCAUAUGACAUGCUGAAUGGAUGGCCAAGGUUGCCUUUUUUCCCAGAAAAUAGAGUUCAUGGAGGAUUUGAGCCUAGACAUCACUGGCCAGAGCAAGGCAAUCGUCUCAGGGAGGAGCCCCUGGAACAGGCUGUGCAAGGCCCAGUGGCACCUGUAGCAGCAGGUCAGGCUGCAGUGGAGCGACUUCAGCGUGCAGCUCAACAGAAUGAUGCACACGUCUCUCAGGGGUUGCCAUCACCCCCUAAACGGCCAUUUAAAACCCCCAGUGUGCAGUCACUGUGUGCCUUGGCUGCCCGAGCUGCUGUCAGCGUUAUGACUGCUCCCAGUAUGCAGUACAGCAGCAGUCUGGCAGGGCUCACCCCAGAGUUGGCAGAACUUCUGCUUGAGCACAUGUCUCGUGAGCGACUCUUGCGUCCACGUACUCUGGAGCUAUUUUUUGGUUGUCCAUUGCAGAAGUUUGUACUUAACUGUUACCCUUACUCAACAAAUGAGCUUCUGCGACAGCUGCGAGCUUUCACCGCUUUGAAACAUCUCAGUCUGAUCAACUCUCCACUCAUCACUGACUCUGGAUUAUCUAUUCUGCCUAGCCUGAUCAAGCUGCAAUAUCUCAACCUAGCUUCAUGUAGCAAACUGACUGAUGCCUGUCUGCAGCAUAUCACAGGUUUAAAGAGCUUGUGUUUCCUGUCUUUGGACCACACCAAAGUAACAGAUAGUGGAAUGGUGCUUUACCUUCAGUCAGCUCCCUCUAGUCUGUCUCAGCUCAGCCUUAAUCAAACUGCUGUUACUGAGCUCACUCUGGAAGCGCUGACUUCAUUUGUGCCUCAGCUGCGAGUCUUGAGCAUUAAACAGACAAAGGUUAGUCAAGUGACUGCUCUGUCACAAAUGUGUCAUCUUCAGACACUCAGUCUGGAUGGCACUGGUGUGACAGAGACAUCACUGGAGAACCUUAGGAACCAUCCCUCUCUCUCUUCCCUCAGUUUGAAAGGGAUCCGGGUAGUGGAUGGGGAUCAAACUUUGCAAAUCAUCUCAGGUCUAAAGCUGACCCAGCUAACUCUCCCUGGGCGACACUUUGUGACUGACAGUGGGAUGUCUGCUCUGUCCAGCCUGACUCUGCUCUGUGAGCUUGACCUGACGGACUACACCCAUGUAACAGACCAAGGAGUUCGCCAUCUCUGCACUUUGAAUAGGUUGAGAAAUCUGUCGCUUAGUAAUACUCAGGUGUCAGAUGCAGGUCUUCCCUUUCUGCAAGGCCUGCAAGAGUUGCAGGAUUUGUGUUUGGACCGAACAGCAGUCACCAGCCGAGGAGUAGCAGACCUAAUAGUCCAUUUACCACACCUUCAGGUACUGGGUUUAGCUAGCACACAAGUUGGAGACAAUGUGGUCAGAAGGGGUCUCAUUCGCUGUAAUCAGCUGGUAAAGAUCAAUUUGAGCCGCACAAGAAUCACAGACCAAGGGCUGAAGUUUCUGAAACGCAUGCAUCUUGCUCAGGUGAAUUUGGAUGGGACUGGUGUGACUCUCUCUGGAAUUGCAGACCUCCUCUCUCUCACCAACAUCAGCCGUAUUCGAGCAAGCAACAUGCGUGUCAUUCCACCAGAUGAGGUCUCUGAUGAGGAGUAUGAAACCAACUAAAGAUGCCUUGUUUAUAUAAUAUAAUAUAAUAUCUGAAACUCAGAGCAGUCCUUGCACUCAUUCUAGUCAGCUUGUACUAUCAUACACACCACCAGAAGGUGGAGUGGGGGUGGAGUCUUGCACUGUUUUAUACAAUUACUCAGUUUACAUAGAUUGUAUGUAAUGCUUCCUGGUGAACUUACAUAAAUUUAUUUUGUAAAAUGAAUCAGAUUUAGUGAGUUUAACAAGUUAAUUUGCUAUUUACAUUUUAGUAAUGAACUCUAAUCCUUUUACGUUUUGAGUCUUUCAGAAAAAAAAAGUAUUGUAAUCUCAGCAGAUUACCAUGUAAAUGUUCAUACAGAAAGUAUCUGUAAUAGACUUUACAUUUUGUAGUCGUGUUGCAGCCGUUUUAGAGCUGCUCUGGUUUCCCCCUGCGUGAUGAGUUUUGCACUACUUGCAUUUAGUUUAAUUCUUUUAGUCUAAUAUUAUGCUGAAGUGCUCAAACUAUGCAGUUGAUGUCAAGAUAAUCCAAAGGAACUGUAAUUGUUGGCAACCAUAAAAAAUAAAAAAUUAGACUGGU